CUGCGAGCUGCCGUUUGUACUCUUAGGACUUGAUUUUAUGAGAGAGGAGAGUCAAACUUCCAUCUCCAGCUCCUGAAGGAGCUUUUCUCCGGGGUCUACAGAGACUUUUUUUCCCUUCCGUUUAGCAGUAUCAGCCUAAGUCAGAGCCAUGGCUUCAAAAUUGCAAAAACGAAAGAGCUCCAGUGGCCAAAAAACGUCAAAACGUGGCAAAAAUAGACCAACGUUAACUGUUGGUGAAGAGGAGGAACCUACAAAUAUGGAGAGCUUGGGUCAUCCAGAAAUUUAUCCUGUGGUGUUAACUACCAAGACCCAGGAAAUAUUUAACUGCCGAAUAGAUGAAGAUAUCACAGAUGAACAACCUUAUAAACUUAUCAAAAAAGCAGAUAUUUUGGCAGACUUUCAAAACAGAGCUGCAGUAUCUGAUUUCUACCCAGUCAAAAAAGUCAUCCAGGAAUAUCCUGGAGAUGAAAUUCUGCUUGUUUAUGACAAAGACUUCAAAUAUGGACUUAACUUUUAUCUUGUUGGAACUGAAGAAGGCAAGGAAAACUAUUUAAAUGCCCCAGAAAUACCAGAAGAACAGGAGGAAUAUAAAGAGCACAUUCCUGAAGAAAUAUGUAUUUAUAAAGCACCUAUCUCAAAACCAUGGGUUUCUUUGGGCAGUGAAAAAGAAAUUGAGGAAGAAUCGGUUAAGGAAUCUACAAAGAAGAUUACAUAUAUGAUUUCUCGAAAACGGCAUCAAUUUGGUGCACCAAUUAAGUUCAGUGACCAGAAUGCUUCCAGUGUAAAAGAUGCCUAUAUUGAAUGUACAGCCUACCCGGAUAAAAAUUUUACCCUUAGGCAACUUGAGAAAGAUAUUGGCAUGCAAGUAGUCCCCGAAGUCAAGGACAUAAGUACUCAGACAAGAUGGACAUAUCCCAAAAAUGCUAUUAUGCAGUAUCAUCCAAGAGAAUUUUCAGAAGAGGAAAAAGAGACACUUGGACAAGCAAAGUCUUUGACUGAUUUUCUUAACAAUGUAUCCAUAAGUGUUGAAAUAGCCCUGCAGCAAAAUGAAAUCAUGAACACGUUUAUUGAUGACUGGAAAUGCCUGGCAGAAGAAGAAGGUACCUUUGGUGACAAGACCGAUACCCACCUGAAAGAGUACCAGUCCUUUACCGACCUUCAUAACCUAACGGAGAAAAUGAUCACCUGCGUCUCGUGGCAUCCCGUCAUCUAUGGGCUAAUAGCAGUGUCAGUGGCUGUACGACUCUCCUUUGAAGACAGAGUCCACUUUUCUGGUAAAUUAUUGCUGCAACCAUCACUGAUUCUUUUCUGGAGCUUCUCCGAUCCCAUCCAUCCUCAGUUAAUGCUGGAGAGCCCAGAUGACAUCUUCUGCUUCAAGUUCUGUCCGAGUGACCCUAACAUCAUUGCUGGAGGCUGCAUAAAUGGGCAGAUUGUCAUGUGGGAUAUUACCGCACAUGCAGAUCGCAUAGAAAACAUCAAGACAGGUGGUAGCAGAAGUAAAAAAGUCACACUCAAGCCUAUGUUUCUCCUUGAACCAGACAGUAAUAAGGAAGCAAUGUAUAUCAGGCACUGUGCUGUCUCCUCAAUAGAAAAUGGACAUAAGCACGUGAUUACAGAUAUUCAUUGGCUGCCCGACACAUUUGAGAUUAACAGAAUGGGUACUGUCUUUGAGAAUCGAAGUGGAAUAUGCUGUCAACUUGUCACCUGUUCAGCAGAUUGCACAAUAUGUUUUUGGGAUAUCAGACCCCAGAAAGCUUUAACUCCUCAACCCACAGAGAAAAAGAAAGAAGAAAGUAUUGAAAUUCCUUUUGACGUACCAUCUACUUUUUUGCAUCUAGAUCUCGCCUGGAAACCUCUCUCUAAGAUAAGGCUGUCAAAGGGUGAAACAAGCUUAGACCAUUGCCCAACCAAGAUAAGUCUGAGUGAAGACCAUCUCCAGUACAAAGCACAAGACAAAACAUUGGCCCAGAGCAAAGCAGCGAAGGUGGGAGACAUGAACCCCUACCAGAAUCUGGAAGGUGGGUUGGCCAAUCAUCUCAAGCCAAGAGAGGACUUCUGCACAAAGUUCUUUGUGGGAACGGAGGAAGGUGAAGUGAUAUACACAGAUUGGAAAAUGGAAAGAGACUCUGAAACUGGCCGAUUGAUGACAAAGAAGCCAGUGAGCCUCUACACCGUCCAUGAUGGAGCUGUCCACACUGUUCAGAGAUCACCUUUUUAUAAGGACAUUAUCCUCACCAUUGGGGGAUGGAACGUGGCCAUCUGGAAAGAAGGUGUUAUGACUGGACCUCUCCUUCAGACAUCUUGUGCACCAAAACGGUACACCUCAGGGCACUGGUCCCUGACAAGGCCCGGGGUCUUCUACAUUGGCCGAGAAGAUGGCUACAUCGAUAUCUGGGACCUUCUGGAGAAAACCCACGAACCAGCCCUGUCACAAAACAUCUGCAUAACUAUGAUCACCUGCAUCAAACCCUGGACCUUUUCUGGCAUGUUGAUUCUGAUUAAAUCUAAGCAGCAAUUUAUAGCCGUAGCUGAUUAUUAUGGAACACUGCAUAUACUGGAAAUUCCUUGGACCUUAAGUCACCCUUCUGCCAACGAGGUGUUAAGUAUGAACUACUACUUUGAAAGAGAAGUCAAGCAUCUGGAAUAUGUAGACCAGCGCAAAAAAAUUCGUGAACAAGAGAAGAAAGAAAUGCAGCUGGAAAUGGAGAAGAAAAAAGCUAAAACAUACCAGAAGUCAAAAGAACAAUUGGAGGCUGAGUUGAAAAUGGACUACGAGAGUUAUUUGGAACUGGAAAGGAGCAUCCUCGUCAAUCUCGGCCUAAUCAAAGUGUCCGAGAAGGGAAUCCAUCUCAAAAGACGUCCAUCUUGAAUAAACAUGUUGCCAGCUGUACGAUGCGGCUACUAGCAGAACAACUAGACAGGGAACCGGGCCGUCCCACCAGGAACGUCCUGCUUUCAGAAAGCCCUGCGUGACUUAAAGAACUGACUGCUUGAGGGAC